UGGGUGCAGGUGAAUUGUGAGACCGACUUUGUGGCUCGUAAUGAGAAGUUUCAGGAGCUGGUGAAGGCUGUCGCUUUUGCCACUUUGGCUCAUCACAAAAACAAACCUCAGAAACACACUGGAUAUGUCAAGAGUCUUCUGGGAGGAGAGGACCUGAGCAAACUCACUCUCACUGAAGGAGUCACUCUCGCCGACCACGUGGCUUUUGUAAUCGGUCGUCUUGGUGAAAACAUGUCUGUGAAGCGCGCGGUGACUCUGGGCGUCCCUUCAGACUGGCACAUCGGCUCGUACGUGCACGGCUCUGUCCCCGGGCAGGCGGAGGUGGUGAUGGGGCGGUACGGAGCCCUGGUGGUCUUCCAGGGAGGUCCGGCCGGAGAGGAGGGGGCUUUGGGGCGUAAACUGGGGCAGCACGUGGUGGGAGAGGCCCCCGUGGCUCUGGGGAACAUGGAGGAUCUCCCGUGCGGAGAGGGAGAGACUCGACUUUUGGCACAGACGUUUUUGGGCGACCCGAGCCGAACCGUAGCACAGUUUCUGAAAGGGAAGCAGGCGCGAGUUCUGGACUUUGUGAGGUUUCAAUGUGGGGAGAAAUCAGGGGAAGAAGGACAAUAAAUAUUUAGUCAGUUACAAAUGGAAUAUAAUGUAUGCUAAAUGAAUUUCAGCAAAUGUAUGGGUCAAUUAAAUAAUUCAAACUGUCUCACAAUAAAUGAUCAUUGUCAUUUUAUUGAAUUAAAUCUCGA